AUGUCAGUUCUUGUGGUCCUAGAAGAUACAGAAUCCCCUGGAAGAAAGCGUGAUUUUUCCCCCGUGCUUUGGAGCCAGUACUUUGAAUCUAUGGAAGAUGUUGUGGUAGAAAAUGAAACUGGCAAGGAUACUUUUCGAAUUUACAAAAGCGGAUCAGAGGGACCUGUCUUGCUGUUGUUACAUGGUGGAGGCCAUUCUGCUCUUUCCUGGGCUGUGUUUACUUCUGCAAUCAUUAACAGGAUUCAGUGUAGGAUUGUGGCUUUAGAUCUCCGAGGCCAUGGAGAAACAAAAGUUAGGAAUCCUGAAGAUCUGUCUGCAGAAACUAUGUCAAAAGACGUUGGAAACGUGGUUGAAGCUCUGUAUGGGGACCUCCCUCCCCCUAUCAUGCUGAUUGGGCACAGCAUGGGUGGUGCCAUUGCAGUGCACACAGCGGCAGCAAAUUUGGUGCCAAGUAUCCUGGGUCUGUGCAUGAUAGAUGUAGUGGAAGGUACAGCCAUGGAUGCAUUGAACAGCAUGCAGAACUUCUUAAGGAGUCGUCCCAAAACGUUCAAGUCACUUGAGAAUGCAAUUGAGUGGAGUGUAAAAAGUGGACAAAUAAGAAAUCUUGAAUCUGCUAGAGUUUCUAUGGUCGGUCAAGUCAAACAGUGUGAAGGGGCUGCCAGUCCUGAAUGUCCUAAAGCCAUAGUGGAGGGCAUUAUUGAAGAGGAAGAGGAGGAGGAGGAAGAUGAUGAAGGCGGAGGCUCUGUCAACAAAAGAAAGAAAGAAGACGACACAGAGACAAAGAAGGAGCACCUGUACACGUGGCGAAUUGAAUUGGCGAAAACAGAAAAGUACUGGGAUGGCUGGUUCAGGGGUUUAUCUAACCUCUUCCUAAGCUGUCCGACUCCAAAGCUGUUGCUUUUAGCUGGUGUUGACAGGCUGGAUAAAGAUCUAACAAUUGGACAGAUGCAAGGGAAGUUUCAGAUGCAAGUCCUCCCGCAGUGUGGCCACGCAGUCCAUGAAGAUGCUCCAGACAAGGUUGCUGAAGCUGUUGCGACGUUCCUGAUCCGUCACAGGUUUACAGAGCCCAUCGGUGGAUUCCAGUGUGUGUUUCCUGCUUGUUAAUACCCUGGUGUUCUCGUUAAUACCCUGGUGUUCUUCAGCACUGAGUCCCAUUGUAAAUAAACUGCACCAGAGGCCACUGUGAUGUAUCCAUAUCCUUUCAUCUCUCCAGUUCAGCAGCAAUGAGAAGUUGGUGUGAGAUUCAUCCCCUAGAACUAGUUCUCCAGGAUGUGUAAAUGGUUAGGGACUUCCUUGCUGGGAAGCAGCUUAUACUGAAGAGCAUGCAAAGCUCUCCAGACCUGUGGAAGUGGGCCCCUCUCUGCUGCCACAAGGAAAGGUCUCCUGAAAUCCCGAAUAGUUGAUCAUACCGAUCUCCAUGAAUUCUCAGGCUUUCUUGAACCCAACUGCAAAGGGGCUGUGGGCAGUCCACAUCCACAGAGGGCAUUGCAGCAAAUCCAAAGGCUUCAAGAUUUCUCCAUGGAAUCGUCUAAUCGUCUUUGAAAUGCCCCUUAGUUGUUGGAUUGAGGAUCAGUGGAAACUUUCACAAUGGAAAAAUCCCAAGGCUUGGCAGGAGCAGAAGAUGCAGUUUGGGAGGCUGGUUUGCGUAAGGGCUGACUCCUUAAAUUUUUUAAAAUCAGACCCAGGCUCAGUUUGGCCGGCUCCCAGGUUACGUGUAUCAGACAAAAGUCUGGGUGGCUUGUAGUUUCCAGGAGCGUUGGGAUUGUUUGAAAAAAAAGCUGUUUCCUGUAUUGCAGACGUGUGGUUUUGCUGUGAACACAGAUGCUGUGAACGCAGAGCUCGUAGGAAUGUCUUUGCACAUGCUUAAGCGUGAACGGCAGAUACUCUGUGCUGGCCUUUUGAAAACACUGUUGUUUACUGGGGCUCUAUGUGCCGCUGGAAGCCCAAUUGCUGUCACUUGCCGCUGAAACGGUUGCCGAAUCGCAUCGCUACGUGAGCUUGCUUUUCCUUUGAGCCUUGUCUUUUUGUCUUGUCUUUUUUUUUCCUCCACUCAGCCUGGCCUUGCGAGACGCCUUCGAAACUGAAGUGGGUGGGAGAUUGUACCAAAGCCGAUUAAAAAUACUGAUGCUUGCUGUAA